AUGGCCGCCGACUUCGACUUGCUCUUCCUGGUCAACACGCCGGGCAUGUACUACUAUCAGGCCCGCAAUCCCCAGCAGCCCAGGCGGAUCAGUUCGCAGGCGCGCUCGCACGCCGCCAUGGCGUUUCACCGCAAGAGACACGGGGCCGUCCAGGUCAAGGCGUUCGAGACCCGGGCUGCUGGGCUGGGGGGAGGGCGGAAGCUCUUGCCCAAGCCGUCGAUGGGGAGCGGAAGGAAGCUGUACGAAGAGGAAGAAGAAGAGGAGGAGGUGGCGGAGGAAGAUACUAUUACUAAUACGCCGAAUACUACUACCACCUCCACCACCACCACAACCACCAGCAGACAAGAACUUGUUCGAGUUCGUGAUACAUAUUCCAGCCCUCUUCACCGGUUCGAACCACAAUCCCCCCCGCCGAGCCGUGCAGUCGACAUCCUCCCGGGCGUCCCGCACCGCGACUCUCCUGGAUUCCCUGCCGCGGCUGAGUUCUGUGAGUUUCUCAAUGGAAAGAGCAGACGGGAUGCUUUUUUGCCACGGCUUGCUGACGACUGGGUCGUCGCGACCCGAGCGGGCGCAGACAGUACCGUCCGGCCGGAUCUGGUGCAUGCGCCGGUAUUCCACAUCUUCGACGUGAGCAAUACGUUUGCCAAGAGCUACUACGACCUCAUGACCCACGAGGUGGCCUUGCACGCCGGUGUGGCCGUGGUCAACAUGGUGCGCGACGUCUUCCGGUCGAAUUCCCGCGGGGGCAGCAACAACAACAACGCCAGAAACAACAAACGUCCUCCUUCGGCGGAGGUGCUUCGUCUGGUCCAGGUCGCCCUCUCCAAGCUGCGUCAGCAUAUGGCUGCACAAGACGAGGAUCCCGGCGGCGGCGGAGGGGGAGAAGAUCGUGACCGUAGUCCUGGUGGACGUCGUCGUUUUCGACAACGAGACGUUAAUGAUGAUGGUGUGAUCAUCGCGGCGCUGUUCCUGGGACAUAUCGCCAGUGCAUUUGGCGAUCUAGAGGCAUUCCAGAUGCAUCGGCGCGGGAUCAAGACCAUGGUAGAGUCCCGGGGCGGACUGGACGUGCUUGGGCUGGAUGGCAUGUUGAAAUGCUCCGUCUUGCAGUUCGAGUCGUGGUGGACGCAUAUAUACCGCGACACCUCCGUGUUUGCGUCUUCCAAACCCCCAUAUAAUCCUGUAUACCUCUGUCCACCCUUCUCUGCAGAGACGGUAUCCCUCCUCUCCAAGCUACCACCGGGUUUCCGUUGUCUAGCGACCCAAGGGAAACUCGCCGUGGACAUAGUGACCGUCCUGUCCAACAUCGCUUCUUACCAAGACGCCAUCCGGUCCCGUCCCGACGGUGUCGCGCGGCAGAUGGAGUCGGUGGCCUCGCUGCCCGCGCGCAGACGGCACACCGACUUCAGCGACGCCUGCACCUGCCUGCUCGACCCGGCGCCCAACUUUGAAAAGUACCUCGUGUUCGCGCUGAUCUGCUACGCCAGCGUCGCCUUCUCCCCGGACCGGCAUUACCUGUCCGCGAGCCACACGGCCUUUCGAACGCCCAGGCUGCUCCUCACCCAAGACCUUCCGGCCUUUCGGGUCGAGGAGCCAGCGGUGCGAGAUGGAAAUGCCCCGACGAACCAGGCCGGCGACACCACCACCACCACCACCACCGCACAAAUGGACUGCCUGGUCUGGAUGUGGCUUGUCCUGGUCAAUAGCUGGACGGCCACGGAUGGUGCAGACUCCGAAAACGCAGUGUCCUUGAAGAGGGUGUUUCGGGAGAAGUGUCCGGAGGAUUGCGAUUCGGACCGUUUGGAUCGUGUCUUGAGCCAGUUCUUUUGGACAGCUGCUUUAAAGGCGGAGAUGAACGAGGUCUUGGAUGGCAGCUGA